UGAAGCAGGGUGCAAGAACAAGAAUACAAUACCCUGCGGCUAUCAUUUGAUUGCAAUUUUCAGCAAACGCAAAGAGAAGAAUCAGAAUCAAAAUCGAAAUUGUGAAUCGAAGACGAUGGCAGUUGAAGGAUCAUCGAAGAAGAUGAUAGCAACACAAGAGGAGAUGGUUGAAGCUAGGGUUCCAUUGGCAUACAGAGAUCAGUGUGCGCAUUUGCUCAUUCCUCUCAACAAAUGCAGACAAGCUGAAUUCUAUCUUCCAUGGAAGUGUGAGAACGAACGCCAUUCUUACGAAAAGUGCGAAUACGAACUCGUUAUGGAGAGAAUGCUUCAGAUGCAAAAGAUCCGUGAAAAUGACAAAGCUAAUUCCAAACAACCCCUUACUCAGGGCGCCGGUGCCGGUGCUAUUCCUCUCAUUCCCAAACCCGCCAAUGCUUGAUUCCUUUCUCUCCGUAUCCGUAUCUCUCUGUUUCAACUUUUGACAGGAACCUUUGCUUGCGUGGGGAUGUUCUUUCAUGUUUUUCUAUUUUAUGGAUUCAUGUUUGCCUUGGAAUGUUUGUCCAGAGACUUCUACAGACUGAUUAUACUCUAUUUCUUGCUAUUUUCCCUGUGGUGAUACCAUGUUUGUACUUGAAGAAAUAAAAUCUCAUAAAGGGAAUCACUAACUGAUUGCUUUCA